AUGGCGUCCUCCGAUCUCGAGGCUGCCACUGCGCUGAAGGCGCAGGGUAACAAGGCGUUCGCGCAACAUGAAUGGCCCGCCGCCAUCGACUUCUACACACAGGCGAUAGAGAAGUACGACAAGGAACCCACCUUCUUCAGUAACAGAGCUCAG